AUGUCGUACGCCGAACAGAUGCCCUCGGAACUCUUUGAGUCGCACAGCUCCCACUCGGAGGACGCAGCCCCAGGCUACCAGCCACUGAGGCAGGCGUACGUGCCGGGGGCCAUGGCGGUGCAGGAUGCCAUGGCGGCGCCGGUGUCAUUCGCCCCACAGACGUCCUCGACACUCUCUACAUCCCCCAGACUCAGCAGUUCGCGCUAUGUGGGGAUCGGGGCGGCGCCCGUGUCACCCGCCCCACAGACGUCCUCGACACUCUCUGCAUCCCCCAGACUCAGCAGUUCGCGCCAUUGCCCUAUCCUCGCCUAUUCGCUGCCCACUACCCAGCCUGGGCUGGUCCGCACGAUCGACUUCCCCGAGUCCCCGACUGACAUGGUCCUCCUCCUCUCUGCUCUGAUAUACGGCACAAGGGGAGGUCCGUGGGUGCACAAUCCACCACCAACCAUCGCCGAGUACCUCACCCUACACCGCCUGUACACAAAGUAUGCUGUGCGGUCGUUUCUAGUUGCGAUGCUGCGUCACCAGAUCUCGGCACACGCGUACGAUCUUGCAGCGCCUCUGGCCAACGCCCGGUCGGCGCACGGCGAAAUCUUCUCGUGUCUCCGCCUCGCAGCUACAUGCCGCUCUUCGCGGCUAUGGGACUGCGCACUGAAGUACUCCCGCACUUGGCAGUACUUUGUCAGUCCGUGGCGCAUGGACGAGCACGCAAUUGCGGACGUCGGCGAAGAAGCGUACGUCGUACUCCUUGCGUUGGAGGCGGUGAAAAACGCUUUGGGGGAGAGCGCGUGGACCGACCUCCGGGUGCUGUAUAACGGCGAGGGCAAGCCCGGCGUAACUAGCAGUCGCGACAACACGGUGUUCUGGGUCGAGGACAUGGUGGGCUGA